CAGCGUUUUUUUUAUAGCAACCAUGCUAGUUGUUUUUGAGUGCAAAACAAUCUUAGUUUACACAAAGAAUUAAGUGGCAAUUAUACGGCUUCUCGACUUAAAGCGAUAAACGUCGGAUAUCUCAGUAUGAAUUUUAUCGUGUUCUAUCGAGACGGUUUUAGCUUCAGCAAGAAAUUGUAAAGCGCGGGCUUCUAAUGUCCCAACAGACAGGCGAUUAAUGGCCAUAAUAUCAACACAAGUAUAUCGGAAAUUGUCUAAACCGCUAGCUAAAAGGCAAGGGUUGGUAUGGACAGUAAACUCUCACCUUUGCCGGAGUCACAGGAGGAGCUCGAGGAUCAUACAGAUAAACAGGUCAAGCAACCCAACAGUGGAAAACGGUUGUUCCGCUGUGAUGUUUGUGGCAAAGAAUUUCGCAGGAAGUAUCACCUGCAGCAACACGCUACUACUCACACAGCAGAGCGCAAGUUCCUUUGUGAUAUAUGUGGUAAAUUAUACACCCGGCAGGAUUAUUUGACCUCGCAUAAACUCAUUCACGGUAACGAGCAGCCGUAUAAGUGCGAGGUUUGUGGUGAAGCGUUCUUUCAGAAACAAAAGCUACAACGUCAUGUUACCACCCACACUGGCGAGCAUCCGCAUAAAUGUGAAAUAUGUGACAAAGGAUUUUUUCAUAGGCGAGACCUGCAAACACACGUUCUCAUGCACACCGGCGAGCGGCCCUAUAAAUGCGAAAUAUGUGGAAAAACAUUCAUCCAACGAUUUAAUUUGACCAGACAUAUGUUCAUGCAUAAUAGUGAAGGGUCGCAUAAAUGUGAAAUAUGUGGUAAAAUUUUUUUCCAAAAGCGCAACCUGCAGCAACAUGUUAUGAUCCAUACUGGCGCGCGACCAUAUAAAUGUGUGAUUUGUGGCAAGGGGUUCACACAGCAAUGUUAUUUGAAGACACACUGUUUGUUCCACUUUGGCGAACGGGCGUAUAAAUGUGAAAUAUGUGGCAAAGAAUUUUAUCUGAAGCGUAACCUGCAGCAACACGUUAUCAUACACACUGGAGAACGGCCGUAUAAAUGUGAAAUAUGUGAUUUGGCGUUCAUUCAGCGUAGUAGCUUAUCCACGCACAAAUUAAUUCACAGUAUAGAACAAACGCAGAAGCAUACCCUGCAGGAACACAUUAUCACCCACACUGGCAAGCAGCGCUAUAAUUGUGAUAUAUGUGGUAAAGAAUUUAACCAGCGUGGUAAAUUGGCUAGGCACAAACUCAUUCACAAUACUGAACGGUCGCACAAAUGUGAGAUCUGUGGCAAAGGAUUCCUUCAAAACAGCCACCUACAACAGCACGUUAUAAUACACACUGGUGAACGGCCGUAUAUAUGUGAUAUAUGUAACAAAGGAUUCACCCAGCGAAGUAGUUUGAAAACACACACACUCAUUCACGGUAGUAAACGGUAUCAUAAGUGCGACGUUUGUGGCGAAGAAUUCCUCCGCAAAUAUCUCUUGAAGCAACACGUUAUCACUCAUACUAGUAACUUAACCUCACACAAAUCAAUUCAUGAUAGCGAAAUAUUGUAUGAAUGUAAGCAAUGUGAUAAAGCAUUCCUUCGGAAGCGAUACCUACAACGUCACAUUAAGACCCACACUCGCAAACACACGUAUCCAUGUGAAGUAUGUGGCAAAGUAUUCGCUCGACAGGAUUUCUUGACGUCACACAAACUCUCUCACAGUAGUGAACAGUCGCAUGAGGGCGAGGUGUUCGGCGAGGAUUUCGUUCAAAAGUAUCAUCUAGAGGAACACGGAUGAGUGUAUUGGAAUGGUUCAGUCGAACAAACGGUAACUGAAAUUGAUCGGAUCACGUUUCCGCACGAUCGUGACGGUUGCGAGUUUGCUCGGGUUUAGAACCAUUCUGUUUAGAUCGCGUACUGAAGGCACUGAAGGUGUUGAGUUCACUUUGAAGAAAUUUAGCAUCGGUUGAAUAAUGCAUCAGUCGAAAAAUCUUCAUGUCAGUGAACGAAAGGCUGUUGUUUAAUACUGACGCCAAUAAAAUAGAGGAGAAAUAUUACUGGGACGAGAUUGCUUCCUUGCGGAAUACUGGACGUAGCAGGUGUUCAAUAAAAAAUGAGAAUUUUUUCAGUCAUGUGGUUAAAAAACAAACUAAAAUAAAGGGUUGUGUACAGGACACGACCACGGUGACAUUAAAAAUGUAGCUUUUUUUCAAGAGCGGGUAAAUGAAUUUUGUCUACAACUAUCGACUUACGUUCUAGCCAACUUCCCAUAUGUUACAAUUUACUAUACACCCUCCCCAUUAAAACAUAAUUUGUUGAAGGUCAUUUGAAGGUAAUCUAUUAUUUCAAUUAAUCAAGAACUAUUAUGAGGAAGCCCACGCUCGCCAACGGAAAUAUACAGUUUCUCCACGAAAUAUGAAAUUUCAUUUUCCAAUUAAAUUUUCAAUAAUGUGCUAAUGAACUUAGGUACACAAACUUUAGAUUAAGUAAUCGAUUAAUGGCCUAACAAAUGAAAUUAUUUGAUGAAUUGCAGUGUUAUACAACGUUCGCACUACCAGUGAAAACGGGUUUUUGAUAUCUUGGUGGCAUUUUUCUUGUUGCUAAUUAUUAUAACGUGUAGUGUAGUGUAAACAUAGUAUUGUUAAACCGGUUCCAGUUUGAAAUUAACACAAUGAACUGCAUGUUCUGCAGCGUUUUAUAUUAUAUAGGUGUUUUAUUGUGGAACUAGAACUGAUACACUUACAUCCCCAGUACAGCGGUUUGUUUCAUAAUUUAAAGAUUCAUUUUAAAAUUUGAAUUAGUAUACACAACCGUUCUAUUCGUUGUCUUAUUUAAACAGACACGGCAUGAACUUUAAUUUAAAAAGAACACCUACUUAAACUGCUGCUGGGACAGUAAGUUCUUGUUUUAAACUUUUCGGUUUUAUGCAGUACGAAACAAAUGUGUUCGAAAUAAUAAAUCAAAAAAUUCCGCUGGAAAUGUGACUGUUUCCGUUCCAAUAUACUCCCAUAUAUAAUACUACGCUGCUGAACAGUGCUUUAGAAAAAAAAACUACAGAGGCGAUGAUAAAAAACGUAUCACAUAUAACCGAAAUAUAAAACAUGUAUGCCAAUAAGCUCAUUACCCUUACUUACCUUACCGUUCAGGCUAGAGCCUUGUUGUCUCUUGCUGUAUGCAGAAGCCGUCUCCACUCUACUCGGUCCAUUGCUGCUUGUCGCCAGCCUCGCAGUCUUCGAAGGGUCCGCAGGUCGUCCUCUAUCUGGUCGAUCCACCGUGCUCGCUGUGCGCCCCGUCUUCUUGUUCCUGUAGGGUCGCCCUCAAGAACCAUCUUCACCAGGUCAUUGUCCGACAUUCUAACGACGUGUCCAGCCCACCGCAAACGUCCUAUUUUUGCGGUAUGCGCGAUGGAUGGUUCUUCCAACAGCUGAUGCAAUUUAUGGUUCAUUCGCCUGCGUCACGUUCCGUCUUCCAUCUGCACGACACCAUAGAUAUUACGCAACACCGUUCGUUCGAAAACUCCAAGAGCGCGUUGGUCCUCCACGAGCAUAGUCCAGGUCUCGUGGUCGUAGAGGAACACCGGUCUAAUCAGCGUCUUGUAGAUAAUCAACUUUGUGCGGCGGCGAAUUUUGUUCGACCGGAGCGUCCUCCGGAGUAGGUACGAUUUCCCGUCAAGAUCCGUCUCUGAAUUUCUCUGCUGGUAUCAUUGUCGGCGGUUACCAGUAAGCCCAAAUAGACGAAUUCGUCGACCAUCUUGAAUUCGUCACCGUUAAUCCGAACUCGGGAUGGGAGGUUCACAUUGUCGUCUCUAGAACCUGUUCCUCUCAUGUAUUUUGUCUUCGAAACGUUGAUGGCAAGUCUAAUCCUGCUGGCUUCAGCUUUCAGUCUGAUGUACGUUUCCGACAUCGCCUCAAAGUUCCGUACCAUUAUGUCAAUGUCGUCGGUGAAGCCAAGAAGCUGGACGGACUUCCUGAAGAUCGUGCCACUCGUGUCUAUCCCCGCUCUCCUUAUCACACCCUCUAACACAACGUUGAACAGCAGCACGAUAGACCAUCACCUUGCCGUAACCCUCCAAUACCUUCUAAGUGACCCAUCGACCCCCAAUGUCUCCUAUAAGCAGAUCGUCACCUCUCCCUCUCAUCGAUCGUGCCAAAUCUCUCUCGUUAUCUAUUUUUAGGUCCAGUGGAAUGCGCUCAGACUUGAGAUAUUUAUUAUCACUGUUUGCCCCCUUAGCUAACUCAGUCGCCGCCAGACUUUGGAAGUGAAUAGAGCUAUGGAGGGGCAUGUUGAUGUCUACCCUCAAAGCCUAUCGACAGAUGCUAACGACAAAUCCAGCAGUUGAUGGAAUUUAUAUAUUCCUUGUUUCGAAGUGAGCGUUUGUUUUUUCGUUUUUCAAGGAUUUUUAUGAACGUGUCCACUGGACUAGAUACUAGAUACUCACAGCAAAAUAAUUUUGUUACAUGAGAAUAUACUCACACCGCAUCUGCCAUAGAUUGGUUGUUGCGGUUAUUAACAAAAACAACACUGAACGCACUCUCUAGAAUUGUGCAUAAGCUGUUCGGUUUAUUUGCUGUCUCCCGUGCAGUUUGAUGUGAGGAUAUUUAUUUAGUUGUUUUUUUUUCUUUUUUUAUUUCGACUAUGUUAGUCACAUUUUCAUUUUUACAUUUUAACGACAUUCAAUUAGCUAGAGAUUACUGGGUAGGGGAAGUUAUGAAAAUUAGAGCCAUAGUAUUUAAGUGAGAGCAAGGAUAUGAAGUAUACCGAUCGGAAAACUAGAAGUGGCAGGGUCAUUAGAAUAGGCUUAAUAUCUUACGGGCUUAACUUUUGUCUUCUGCUGAUGAGGGUCGAGCUCAGGCAGUAUAACUACCAAUCACCCGAGUUCACCAUCUUUACCGUGACAACCGACAAAAGAAAAGCCACACAAGAUCACCACUGAAAACCUGUCGACGAUUAGCAUCAAUCAAUGAUGAUUGCUGCUGUUCAUCUCUGUUUGCCUUUCGAAUGCCGGGAUACAUUUUUAUUAGACUAUUGUCACUGCGCUUACAGUCGUGGCGGGUUUGCUACAUUGUGGAAGGUGGUGGCUGUGCCUCCAGCGGCUAUCCACCGCUGCCGAUAGU